AAAGUACGUCUGGCCCCUCUGUCGGCGGCCAACUCACGACCCUUUAUCACGACUUGAUCUUGGCCGACGUCCAUAUCAGGCCUCACCAGAACUUCAACGACGACAGCUAAGAAGGCGACGACGACGAUAACUGCGCACUGUACCGCGAACAGACUUUAGUAAAGAGGCGCAUGUGAGACGACAACCGUGGCGCUGGCCGCUACGAGCAACAACAUCAUCACCACCAAGUCCAAGUCGCCACAGGCGCAGCCGAGCCACAUCAUGACUCUCAAGGAAACCUGGGCCAACAGGACAUAUCGCCCGUUCCUCCGCCAGUGGCCCAAACCCGCGCGCAAGGGGACGGCGUGGCUGAUGGUCGUCGAGCUGGUCGGCCUCGUUCCCAUCCUCGUCAUCUUCGGCAUCGCACAACCCAACCUCUACCGCACCGACCUGUGGAAGAUUGGCUACGAGAACAAGCUCAACUCGAACCCCAACAUGGUCCUCUACGCAUACGCCAACUACAAACCUCUGCCGCAGGUUCCGCUGGUGUGGUCGAAAACGCUGACCGACUUCAACGUGGCCAUCUCGGUCAUCUCCCUCUUCCUGCUGCUCGUCAAACUCAUCACCUUCAUCAUGAAGGGCUGGCUGCCCCUGAUCGCCCUGGUCGUCAACAUUGCCAUGACGACGCUCUACACCGUCAGCGUCUAUGGCCAGAUUGGCCCCGACUACGCAGACCCGCGGUACCCGGCGCCCGCGGCGUGGUACUUCCGCUACGGCUGUGACAUGGCCAAGGAGUGGGGUGUCUACAAGUCGUGCCAGAUUGCGCAGAGCUCCCUGGGCAUCACCUUUUACAUGCUCAUGGUCUACCUGCUCAACCUGGGCUUUGCCGCCUGGGCCAUGUGGCCCAACAAGGAGCUCAACGACGGUGACGACGACGACGAUAACGACUCCCUGUACGGGUACGACACCAAGCCCGUCGAGAUGCAGAACAUGAAGAAUGAACCUCUGGUGUCGGCAACCCCCUUCACGCCGAGGACGCAAGCUUUCCACACCCUGAACCGGCAGUUGCCCCUGCGAGCGCAACGAGCGCCGUGAUGUGAGAUAAGAGUCGCCUCUAAACACAUGACUAUGUGAGAGAGUGUGAGAGAGAGCUGGUGCGGCAUGGGAAUUUCGGCAAAGAUAUUGGCGUUCAGGAUGUAUUCAAACAAAGAGCCCACCAUUG